UAAAGUGAGAAGCAAUCAAGAUAUAAAUAAAGAUGAAUCAAUCUUUCUUUAUGAGAUGAUGAAGAUCACAUAGACAUACGGCACGCAGAUAAAGAAAUCUUCAUCAUCAUCAUCAUCCCAACCUCCAUUAACAACCAUGUCACAUUCCGACCCUCAAAACUCCCCCACCGCCGUUAAACCCCACCUCUCCUCCGUCAUCACACAAACCAUCGGCCGGCAACUACACAACGUCGCCUCCUUUCUUGCUCCACCACCACCACAACCUUACUCUUCCCCUACGCCGCCACCGCGCUCCGAUGUGUCGCCCUCAUCGUACGAAGGGUUUAAGAACGAUCUUGCUGAAAUUGGGGAUAGUUUAAAGACACUCUUAUCGCCCAAGAAAGCCGUCACUGGGAUUUCUAAAUUCGCUUCAAGUUUCCUCCAGUUUGAUAAAAAGGGUGAUGGGGAUCAGGUUGCUGUUGUGGGGAUUACUGAUGAGGUUGUUGAUUUUGUUCGAGAGGUUUCUGUUCGUCCUCAGUUUUGGGUUGAUUUCCCUUUAUCUUUACAGCAUAAAGAUUUUAGUAUGUCCCAAGUUCAGAAAGAUCACACCUUUGUCAUACAAGAUUUGGUACCAAAUCUCGCAGCUUUGAGGCGUACGAUUCACAAUGUCAUGAGUGAACAACAGUUUUGGAUGAUCUACUUUAUUCUGUUGGUCCCACAGUUAAACGAGGAUGAUUGUCGGCUUCUAUCGACUCCAGAGAUUCUUCAAAUGCAUGAGGCGCUUCUGCAGAAACUGAGAAACAAGAAGAAUACACCCAUAGCCGCAGAGGACGCUCUAAAUGAAAAGGGUAGUAUGGUAAAUAUAACCAAGCCCGAAUCCUCAAGCGAGACUGAUAAUGCAGCAAACACGACAAAAAACAAAAACCGCACGAGUGAGGUUUGUUUCAGCGACAUAGAAGAUGAGGAGUUUAAACAAACACAAAGUAGCAGGGUUUCUUCCGCAAGUGAAAACAGUGAUUGGGUUCGUAUCGGUGGAACUUCGAAAGCAAACCGAUCAAGGUAUCGUGGAAGACAGUCGGAAAGCGAGGAGUCGUCAAGUGAUUGGCAUGCUGUUGAGGAUCUUGAUCUAUAGUACACUAAUCAUUAAGUUCAUCGUUUUCGUUUAAUCUUUGCUAAUCGAGACAUUCGACCCCUCAUACCAACCAAUAUUGUUCGCUUUGUGGCUACGUGGACUCUUUGUGGGCAAAUAAACGAUAGUGGUUGGUAGGACGAGCCAAGUGUCACUAUUUUUAUGUGGAUUUAAAUAUAGUACAAGGGUAAUUUGGUCAACUAGUCAAUGUAGGGUGUAAAUUUACAUUGUAAAUGUCGUUUCGUCACUCGGGUAUAUCUGAUUGUUUGCUUUGUUGGUUUU